GUUAUGUCAACGACAGAGCUUUGGUCGCUACACGAAACUUCCUUUUAUACAAUUUGUGUGUGUGUGUGUGUGUGGGAAGAAGCAAGGUUUUGAUGAUGAUGCCAUAUGAUGGCCCAAGCAGCGUUUUUGGUGGACCCCGAUGGAGUCCGUGACGUACUGCGGCUGGACCUGGCCCACGGAGGUGUCCUGGGACGAGGAGCGGGGCGAGUGUGUGUCGGCGACGCCAGGCCGCCGCCUCUACUACCUGCUGGUGACCGUGACGCUGUUCUUCCUGCCCGUGGCUACCAUGCUCACCGCCUACUCGCUCAUCGUAUGGAAGCUCUGGAUCUCCCAGAUGCCCGGAGAGCGGAGUGCCGCCAACAUCAACGCCCAGUGCAGGGCCAAGAAGAAGGUCAUAACAAUGGUGUGCACGGUUCUGGUGGCCUUCGUCAUUUGCUGGAUGCCCCUUCAGGUCAUCGUGUUGUAUUCCCAGUUCGGAGACUCCAAGCAAAGGGACAAAGAGAUGCCGGACUGGUUCACCGAGGCAUCGUCGGUGGCCACGUACGUGGCGUACUCCAACAGUCUGCUGAACCCGAUCAUCUAUGGAGGCUUCAACAACAACUUCCGACAGGGACUCUGCACAGUCCUGCACUGCUACCUCCGCAAGAAGCCCUCGCAGCUGCCACGCGGCUGGUCCCAGAGGUCCCGCUUGACCGUAUCCACUGGGACGGGGCACACCCGCGACUCGUACCGGAGAGCUAGCUUCGUCAACGCCGGCACGGAAAAACACACCACGCUCAUGGAACUGGUGCCCAACGCGGGUGCCGACAGCGGACAAGGCGCCGCCGGCCACAGGAGAGAAAGCAAAGUCCCGCAGACCUCCGGUUCCGUGCGCUUCGCGGUGCCUGGUAACCCCCUCAAGCCACACACGAGAAGCAACAACAACCAUGACAGCAGAGCGGCCGCCUACGACUAGGAGAUUGAAAUGGACACUCGGUUUCGAAGGCCCUCUUGGCUUCGCCGCCAAGAGCAUCGCCAAUAGCGUGGCGAUUCAUGUGCAGUGACUAUAAGUGAGAAGUGUGUUUACGAAACGGAAGGUGUGGGUUAGGAGUCGGCGCCGAAUUCGGGAUGAGCGGGCCCUCCUUCGUGAUCCAUUGCCAUCUGUCUGUUUUACGUUUUAUUUGGAGAGCCGGGGAGCCAAUGCUUGUGAUGUGUCGUUCCCUUUACAUGUUAGUUAUAGUGGAAAUCACUCGAACCUUACUCUAAGAAGUCCUGUUACUGAAGGAAACUGAAUGAUUGAAUCUAUAGAUUCUGACUGUGGCUACAGUGCGCUUGAGUGUCUGGUACAACUUGUCUGUAAUUAAUUUCUUAAGAAAAACGGAGCGGUAUUUUGGAAGUGUCAAUAUCCAAAAUGGCAUCCAAUAUGGGACGCGGAAAUUUUUAUCCUAGACUGAACGAACUCGAAAACACUCACAAAUGAGUGUACAUGCCCCUUGCGCGAGUUUUACGUAACCAUGUUGUCAUUGUCACAGAGUGUAUGCGUCGCUUGUCGUUAUGAAAAGAAACAAACACGUCGUUAACCCCUCUUCCUUAUACCCUGUGUGAAUGAUACAAAUGAGAACACUUGACUACGUAAAGGCAGACACCUCCACUGGCGUUGCAGGAGCUAAAAAGGCGUCUUGAUCUCCAUACCCUCAAAAUAACCACCAAAAAUAAUAAAAACCUUUCACCAAAUAAAAUGUUAACUAAAGCCCGCUUCAUCGUUGCCACAAUAUAGUUAAUUGAAACGUAUCUAAACAGUCCUUCUCAUUUCGAAAGCUCCAGGGCCUCGCGGCCUUCGGGAUUUUUGGCCCAGAUAAUGAGAUGGCCCAAUUCCUCUCUGUGUUCCUUCAACCAUGAUGUCUGAAGCCAUCCUUGAUACUCGAGUUGAUUUCGAUCCUAUGUAAGCAUUCUGAGACCACAAUAAAUUUAUGCCAUAAA